AUGAAGGCAUCUGUAAGAAUUUUAGUGCUAGUGCAUAUGCUAGUUUUUCUACAUAGAGGAAGUAGCCUAGCACCGUCGUCUAGGCCAUUUAAAAUCGAAAAAUCAAAACCUUCAAAUGAAAAUAAUUCUUCCACUACGACAUCACCAAGCUCUUCACAAACUUCUACAUCGACGACUACAUCAACAACAACGGCAAUAAACACCACUGUCCCUACUACCUCAACAUCUUCAACAUCAACGGCUGCACCAUCGUCAUCUUCAACACCAAAACCUACCAUCCCCCCGAAGAACGCAACAAAUUCUACCUCGCAUCCGCCCCAAUCAACCCUUAACCCUCAACAAACGACUUUGUCAAUUUAUUUUUGCGAAUGUGACUUGAAAAUAAAUUUCUGUGAUGUCAACUGUUGUUGUGAUGCUGAUUGCACCGACAGCAUGAUGCAGGCGUUCACUUGUGAUCGCCAGAAAAUGUUGCGUGGUAUCAAAUAUCGGCAAGGAUUACCCUCGUGCAAGAUGAAUGAUGGAUGGCUUUGCAUAUUCAAAGACAACUCUCGCAUGAAAGUCACUGAAGGCUACAAUCCAAAUGUGGUUAGCACCAAUCUGCCCAAAUGGCCCCAUUAUUUUCACGAGGAAGAGGAGCAUGAGAAGGAUCGAGAAUAUUACAGAGUGGGAGACGCUGUCAUUAUCUAUAACGAGCAAAUGGAGGAAACCAAAACGCUAGACCUUCCAUAUUCCCUGCUCGACACAUACUGCCACGUCGCGGAGCCGGUCCGCCACUUGAAAGACUUUACUCAAAACUGCAUAAUGACGCUAGAUGAUUCUCAAAAUUUCUUCACGACCUUCAUACAAGGCCUCUUUACCCACAAAUUGUUGCGCAACCGGAGAGGAUUCAUCAACGAUAAGCCUCCGACUGAGAAGUCACAGUUCAUUGACAUUGGCGUCAACAUCUGCACAACAAAUGAAAACACAAAAAAUUGCCAAAAAAUACAAAACGACACUGCAAUUCCCAACGAGGGCUGCUGGAAGCUGGACAUAUACAUUCAUCAUAAUUUUACAAAUCUCACCGCCAUUGACGUGUUUCUCACAUGCUCCAGUGAAAAUGACUUUGAUGAGCAAGAUAUCGUGAGUUUCAAUGUGAAAUUCCUCCAAAAGAACGAGACUUUAUCGACUGCAACCAGAGUCAGCGGAAAAUUUGGUUAUAAAGUUGGUUUGCCGAUCAUCACCGGGAAAUAUGUCCCAGUCGUGGAGUCAGCCGAAGACAACGGAAAGGUGUUUAUAAUCAACUAUUUUCAUAACAACGCAACUAUUCGCGAAGCGUUCAAAAGUAUCUCCCUCCCGAAAUCAGUUUCGGGUGCUUGCACGAAUCGUUCCAGCGAUGCUGUAAAUUUCCAUGAAAACUCGUUGACCCAAUGUUCGAUAGCGAUCAGCAAUAGCAGCGGCUUGACCGCUGAUACCAACUACACAAAUGUCUGUGAUGCUCUACAGAGAACCGUGUUCCAUUAUCUUAUCAACGACGAGAAUUUUGCCGGAAAAUUUGAAUUGCACGUAUCGGAGCUAGGUUGGCCUUUGAAUGUUUCGUCCAACUGGAUUCAGAUUGAGGCUAAAAACUUCGAGAACAGGCAAGUGAUGGGUUCUUAUAACGCCGAUACGAACUCCUUCCGAUGUCAGAACAUGUUGCUGAGUGUACGUUACGAGUUCACAACGGCUCGGGUCACUCUGAACGGUGUGCAGCAUCAGAAUGUUGUCAAGAAGGUCGCGGCUGAGUUUGGGAACCGCGUUGACUUGCACUUCAAGUUAGAGGAGGAUCUAACGCUUCCAGUUUACAUGUACGUGAUGUUCCACGACGCCACUUCAAGCGAUUCACCGCGACAAUGUCCUUUUCCCAUUCAACUAAACAUUUUUCUAGUCACUUUUGUAGUUGCAUUUUAUUCAAAAUAUAGCAUGUAUAAUGCCUAG